CGAGAUGCAUACCAACACACAGGCUGCUACAAUCUUCUGUGCAAAGGGUUUGUUCUGGCGGUCAACACUUUCGCCCCUGGUGGAAUCAUCGAUCUUACGUCAGUGUAUGGAGGUCAACAACACGAAAUCAGUUUACUCAUAUGGAGGGAAAAAAACACAGGAGACUGGUGGCUCAAAGUUGAUGGAGUAAACGUCGGGUACUGGCCAAACUCGUUGUUCACUAGCCUGAAGGAUAGCGCGGACCGAGUGGAUUGGGGAGGUGAAAUUGUGAACGCACAGUACAUGCAUGGACACACAAGCACAGGUAUGGGAAGUGGGCACUUUCCAGAAGAAGGGUAUGGAAAGGCAGCCUAUUUCAGGAACCUUGAGAUAGUUGAUGCGUCUAACACUUUUAGGCCACCGCCACCACUUGAAGUCCCCACCUCGAGACCUGGUUGCUACGGUGUCCUCGUCGGAGACACGGGUACAGCAGCUGGGACUUACUUCUACUAUGGCGGUCCAGGCUCAAACCCUAACUGCCGUUGA